UCAACCCCCAAAAAAUGAACUACUUCCGUUACUUAGCUUCCAUUUGCUUCUUUCUCUUCCUCGCCGGAGCAGUACAAACCACCGUCCCUGCUGCCGUUUCACUUGACCGUUUCCUUAAGCCUAUAAAAGCACAAGAACCAAAACCCCAACCUCAAGAAUUCUUCGAGUUGGCCAGUCCUCUACCGUCCGAUCAUCUCACUCCAUUUUGUUCCCACACCGUCAUCAACCAUUCAUUCGCCAACACGAUUGGUUCACCUCCUUUCUCCUCCACUUACUCUCCUCCUUCCGAUUGUCCUGCGCCCUGGUCGCGCGUCGUCCUCGAUUUCCGCGCCGCAUCUUCCGGAGAACAAUACGACCGAAUCGCGGCCAUCUGGCUCGACGGCGCAGAGAUUUUCCGGACCAGCACGGCGGAGCCGACGGAAUCGGGGAUCUUCUGGAAAGUACGAAAAGACAUCAGUAGGUACUAUUCGCUCCUUUCUAAACCCGAAAUUAACGUCACCAUGAUGCUCGAAAACGUCGUUAACGACGUUUACACCGGCGUUUACGACAUCCUCGUUUCGUUUCUGUUUUACAAAGAAGACAUCGUUCCCAACGACGAUAGGGUUCCGUCAAUCACCCUCCCAAAUAAAAAAUUGGGAACCGCUGAAUUGGGAUUAUUCAAAACGCCACCGGAUUUGAUCAUUCCGAUUUCCAGCGACGGCGAAAGAGGGUUUUGGUUCAAAGUAGAAAGCGAAUCGGACGUUCACAUCAAAAAAGUGAAAAUCCCCAGAAAUACCCUUCAAGUCGUUUUGGAGUUAUACGUGUCGUUUCACGGCAACGAUGAGUUCUGGUACUCGAACCCGCCGUAUUCUUAUAUCAGAAUGAACAAUUUGACAACGGGGCGUGGGAAUGGCGCGUACAGGGAAGUUUUCGUGACGAUUGAUGGGAAAUUUAUCGGAUCGGAGGUGGUUUUUCCGGUGGUUUUCACUGGCGGAGUUAACCCUUUAUUCUGGGGACCGGUGGUGGCGAUAGGAGAUUUCAAUUUACCGACCUACGAUCUGGAUUUAUCCCCAUUUUUGGGGUGGUUAUUGGACGGAAAAUCUCACGAGAUUCGGAUCGGCGUCGAUGGCAUAUCAUAUUGGCUUGUCGACGCAAAUUUACACGUCUGGUUGGAUCAUGAAUCUUCGACGGUUGAAGCUCAAUCAGUUGUUUAUAAUAGUCCAGCACUUACCAUUUUAAGAAAUGAAGAUUUUAGAGAUCUUGAUGGAACUUUUAGGGUUAAAGCCAAGAGGAAAAGUGAAUUUGCAGGUUGGGUUAAGUCCAAAGCUGGGAAUUUCACCACCAUUGUUUCACAACAAUUCAAGGUUACGAAUUUGGUGAGGUACUACUUCAAUGGAACAUACAAGAUUGUUCAACAGAUAUUCAAGGCAAAGAGGGAUUCCAGGGUUAGAGAGGAUUCGGGUGAAUUGGUCGGUCGUACGAUUGUUCGGAGGCAGUAUCCGUUAACUGUGAUCACGUCUACUGUUCCAUUGCAGAGUAAUGGUCCCUCAGGGUCCAUGGAAGAGGAUAUGUAUAUGAUGAUCACCAAUGUUUCUCAUGCCAAGAACGAACGACGGGUUAACGGAUUGUCUUCGAGUAUUCUUUACAACCGGCAGGAAUCGGAGGGGUGGAUGAAGGUUAAGGGUCAUUCGGUUAUCUCUGGCAACUCAUCCACAUGGCAAAGAUACACUUACAGGGACGAGUUUGGUUGCUAUUCUCGGACUGUUUUGGCAACCGAAGGCAAGCUUGCCAUCGACAAUUCAACAUUCUCUUGUGCAGCUUCUACGUAGUUUCAGUUGUCUCCCCAUUUCCAGUUUGAUUUCAUCAAUCUGUACCUUUCAAUUCAUUCCAAAUAGUACUUUGUAUGUAGUUUACAAAUUUGUGUGCCAAUUUAGCUUCUAAGUUACUCAAAUGGAAACUUCAUUAAUUUCACAUAAAUUGUCUGCAUGUAUAAGCUUCACGAGUUUUAAAUUAGGCAAAUAAAAAACGUGUAGAAUACACAACCAUACUUCUCAUUUUUUAUAGAGA